AUGCCAGGCUCGCUAGAUUCUCGGGCCCGGCUCGUGGAGAGGACCACUGGCAUCAAUCACGGUGACAGAAUGAAUCACGGUGGACUUAGAAUGUCCGCCGACGCGUUUGGUGGCGGUGCUGGCAGUCCGGGUGACAAGUCACAUGACAGUCCAGAUUCCGCAACAGAAGAAGGUGAUACUGAGGGAAAGCAUUUGAAAGGUUCGUUUGAUCAGCGCAAAAGGAGGAAGUCGCUGUCUCAAACGACCAGUGAUAGUAAGGGGGGGUGGGACCCUUCUGCGAAUUUCUCAGAAGAAAAAGACACAACAGACCCAGAAGAGCCGAGCUAUUGUGAAGAGCUGUCAGUGGAGGACGGCUCAAGAGGCGGCGGAUCCGGAUCGGAGUCGGCGAAACUCACGUUUGAAAAUUGGAAAAUCAAGUCUCGGCAAAUUGUGCCUAUUGCAAUCUCGAUGGUGGCAGCGACCAUCAGUCGAACCAUCACCGGGAUCGUGCUCUAUGCGUUUGUGGGCCGAUUGGACUUAAAUUCCAGCAGCGCGGCCGGGCUCGCGAACAUGUAUGUGAACGUUACGGGGUACUCCGUAUGCACGGGCCUGCUAGGGGGACUAGACACGCUGUGCCCGCAGGCAAUGGGUAUCAAGAAUUACAGACAGGUUGGCGUGUUGUUGUACCGAAGCGUAGCAAUUGUGUUGUUAUUUAGUAUUUUGAUCGCUACAUUGUGGUUUUCCACGUUGCCGUUGCUUCUCUUGCUCCGACAAGACCCGACGGUCUCUAGACUCGCGUCGCACUUCGUGUACAUUCAGAUCCCGGGACUGGUGUUCUAUGUAGGCGUAGAAGCGCUCAAAAAGUACCUGCAGCACCAGCGCAUUGUCAAGCCAACUCUCAUCCUCAUUACCUCGGUGAACGCGCUUUGCAUUCUGCUGGGAUACGUGCUCAUUUUGCACACCCCGCUCAAAUUCUACGGACACCCGAUCUCGCUGCUUUUCAGCAACAUCAUAGGAUUUCUGGCUUUAGCCGCGUACAUUUUGUAUUACAAAGUGUACGAGUUGACCUACGCGCCCUUCUCCUUCUCGGAGGUUUUCAGGAAGGACGGCGUCAUUGAGUACCUGAGGCUGUCCCUCCCGGGAGCGGGCAUGAUAUGUGCAGAGUGGAUUGGAUUCGAAAUUCACGUCAUCAUGUCGGGAUGGAUUUCAGUUACCGCGACUACUGCGCAGUACAUUUUGAUGAACACAAACCUCUGUAACUACUCCAUAUCUGUCGGGAUUACGGCCGGCGUCGACACGAUCGUCGGGGGAGAACUCAGCAUGCGCAAGCACCGACAAGCACAACUCACGACCAAAAUUGGCAUGAUCAACGCCACAAUCAUCGCGUGCAUUAUGUCCGUCAUUUUUCUCUCCGUACACAAAGUUUGGGGAAGAGUGUUCAACACAAAUGAAACUGUCAUCGAGCUGGUCAAGUCCAUCAUGCCCAUCAUGGUCCUCUUCCUGUGCUCGGACUCCAUCUUUGCCGUCUGCUCGGGCGUUUUGUUCGCCGCUGGCAAGCAGAAAAUCGGAUUUUUUCUCAACCUGUUCGCGUACUACGUUGUGGGUGCUCUGCUGGGCGCUUACCUGGCGUUCAGCUGGGGACUCAACCUCCAACUCAAGGGCCUGUGGAUAGGCCUGGCCUGUGGAUCGUUCACCGCCACCACCUCGUAUUUGCUCAUCCUCAUUUUCUCGAACUGGGAAAAAUGGAGCCAAGAAGCCUACCAGCGCAGCGUCUCAAAACAGCUGGUACCCACCACUCAUGAAUAG